AUGGCACUCCUGCGCCCGCUGCAGCCCGAGGAGCCGCCGAUCGACCUUGGGGCAGAAUCUGAGCCGCGUACGCCUAUCGAAGGCAUCCCCAUUCUGGACGGUGUGGGUUGCCCCUUGUGUCAGGCAUGCUUCACGACAAAAGGCAGUCUGUGGAAUCACAUCGUAGCUGAGCAUCCCGACGAACCAGAGGCCAAGCAGCCGCCUCGACGAGUCAAGCUGCAAAAGCCGCUGCGCGGCGCUGGAGCCCGCUGUAUCAAGGUCAUUGUCGAAGAAAGCCACGAUGCCUCGGCAGCUGACGUCAGCGAGAACGAGGAGGAGCUGGAGGAGCAGCAGCGGUUCAAGCAGUUCAUCUCAAGCACCCAGGCCAUGGCCUCAGAGGCUGAGGAUAAGCGAUGCCCGCACGGCGUUCACCAGAUGCAUCCGUUCUACGAUAGCGUGGGCAUGACGCUGAUCAUCAACGAGCUGAAGCCAGAGCGCAUGGUCGAACUGGGCCACAACACACCGUCGGCACUCCUCGAGUCGGGCAUGCACGAGCUGUUCUGGUCGGCCUACGAGCAGCUCUCGGAUCAGGGCCUGGCCGCCGCUGCGGUGACGCGUCUGUUUGACGACAAUGAAGGGCAGUAUCAGCAUCGUCCCAUGCGGCAAGUACAGCUGCAAACCGUAAGCAGGUACCUGAGUCUUGGAACACGCCUGGUCCAAUUUUUGCUGCUGCUGGAGGCCAUGCCAGCCCCCGAUCCGUCCAGCUUUCUGGGCCAGGUGCCUGCCAGCCGCGGCCCUGCGGUAAUUGAUGCCACCGUGGCUCUGAGGGCGGGCCUGAACGCUGAAAUGACCAAGAAAGAGCUGGUCGAGCCCCUCACGUCCCUGUGGCUGGCCCUGGUGGAGGUGGAGCUGAGCCUCUUUGACAACGACAAGGUGCACUUUGUCAACGUCUUCUUAUUGUGCACGGCCGUGUCCAAAGGAAGCGGCAUCCUGCAAGACAUCAGGCAGUGGACCACGACGCCCGCUGGACUGCUGUACGUUUUCAAAUUGUUCCUGCUUCGCCGUGGCAAGAAUGAGUCGUGGUCAGUGGCCAACGAGCUCAGGCCGUAUAUGCAGCCCGGGCGAUUGGUGCAUUUCUUGAGCCAGUGCAUGAGCAUGGCACGAACAGCGAGCGUGGCCGAGGGGCAGGCUGGAGUUGACGUCGACAUCCGAGCCGAUGGCGACGUGACGGACGAGACGCUGCGCACCAUUGUCUGCCGAGGUAUUGAGCUCAAUGUGGAGGAGCUCGGGGCCGCAUUGGAGCAGAUGCGCAAAGACAUGACGGAAAUAUUGGACAAGCACCUCUUGCUCGACUCACGCCUGCGGAAAGAUUACGAGAAAGAAUAUGAGCGGCUGCGAUUGAAGGAGGAUCGGACCAACAGGGUCAAGAACUGGUGGGUGGGCCAUGGCAGUCCAGCCGAGAACGCGCUGUUUGAUCACAUUGGCCAGACCCCGAGUCUGCGGCAAGAAUUUAUCCGAACCGAGCAUGGGCCCAGUGGCGAGCUGACCUUUCGAGAGGACAGGGUGCGGACAUGGCUCCGAUAUGUGUGCAGGUUCAACGAGCUAGCCCUCAUCUACACGCACAUUGCCGGAGGUCUGCCGCCACGAGCCUCUGUGUAUCAAGGGCUGUCCUACAAAAACGGCGUGGGCCGGCAACGAGCCGCGUUUUUUGCCGAGAAGCAGCUCUCCAUAUUGACCCGCGUGAGCAAGACCUACUGGCUGUCCCUGAACGAACAGCACACCUUUCGAUACAUGGACCAGGAAAUCAGCACGCUGAUAUUCAUGUAUUUGCUGCUGUGCAAGCCUCUGGAGCACAUGCUAAGCAGCUGGCUGCAAAAGCGGGGCAGCCUGAAAACCCCCGACGACGAGAAUGGCAUUCACAAUGCCGAGCAGGACGACGAAGAUUUGCUCGACGACGAGCUGGAUGAAGACCACAUGAGCCACGACGAGACGAUGACAUUGCGACGCGAGGUCCGGGACGCUCGAAACCACUACAACAACAGCCACCUGCUCUUCAACAUUGCGCCCCUGCAGACGAUGGUCAGCCCAGCCACCAUAUAUGCGACAUUUCGUCGACAAAUGACCACCUGGAACCCGGUGACUGACCUCUCGCCCGAGGCAAACGGGCGUAUCGUCAUGAACACGAGGGCCGAGCAUGACGCACCCUACAUGACCCAGCUGGCCAAGCAGGCGAGCAUCUCGUGGGGCCACAGUUUCAACAGCCAAGAACAGUUGGACCUGGCCGCGGCCAUUGACCAGCACCGGCCGGAGGAUGGAUGGCUGAUUGUUGUUGCACCGACAGGCAUGGGUAAAACAUUUUGUACCCUGCCCAAGCUGGGCUGUCGCCCGCAUGCCGGUACGGUGCUGUGGAUUGUGCCGUUUGUGGCCGUGGCCAACGAUUUAUUGCGGCGAUUUCAAGGCGCAGGUCACAGUGCCCAGCGAUGGCUUGGUCCUUCUACACAGGUGGCAGAUGGCCUGGACGUGCUCAUCGUAACGACCGACAUGUUUGUCCGCGUGGGAUCUGCAUCGCUACACGGAAAGGUCUGCUUUCAGCGCAUCCGCACUGUGGUGAUGGACGAGGCGCACACGCUCAUCUCGGAUGCCAGCUACCGAGAUGUGAUGGACAAAGUCGCAGCCAGUGUGGGCUCUGGCGGAUGGACCAACAUCAAACGCGUGGCGUUGACGGGCACACUUUGCAUCGGGGACCAGGAGCAUCUGUUUCGAAAGCUGGGGCAGCAAGUGGGGGGCAAGGUGUACCGUUUGGAGACGAUGCGUCGCGAUCUGCAGCUGCGUGUGCUUCACGGAAAUCAGCUAAACUUUUUGUCGCAUGUGCAAGACAUUGUGGACACGCAGCGGGUGAUGCGUCAGGCGAAUGGGGAGCGUGUGCACAUGAUGGUCUUUUGUGACACCGUGAGCGAGGUGAAGCUGCUGUGUGACCAGCUGCACGCAUACGGCUACAUGGCCUUGCCCUACUACACCGACCUGGAGGAGAAAGCGCAAAAGGACCAUGUGGCACAGUGGCAACGGGGUGAAUGCGACGUCAUUGUGGCCACCAGCUGCCUCAGCACGGGUGUGGAUCUGCUCACCAUUCGCCACGUGCUGUGGUAUGGCAACGGCUACAACGUCUAUACGCUGGCCCAGGCAUUUGGUCGGGCUGGUCGCGAUAAACAGGGAGGAACUGCCGAGCUGUGGCUACCAGUCAGACGUGGGCCAGCACCAGGCAUGGAAAAGUUUGUCGAGGGCAAUGCGUGCCGCAGCUGGGCGCUCGGCAAGUUGCUAGAUCCCCGCGCCGCGACAUGCUUUGCUGCCGGCCAGCCGCUUUGUGACGUGUGCGCAGGAACAGCACAGCGCCUGGAGCCAGCAAUAGCUGCGCGCCAGCAGCGCGCUGCCCAAGCGUUGAGUGUGGGGCAUGUGGAAGCAGAGCCCGAGGCGAUGGCGGAGGAGGAAGAUGUGUUGUCCGAGCCACCUGCAGCACAGCUCGAGGAAGAAGAAUCGAUCGGGCCAGAGUCCGCUUUGGAUGUAACUUCAGCAUCGAACGUUGACACGGCAGCAUCACCAGGACCAGUACCAUCGGCCUCGGGUUCAACCUCGUCUCCGGCGCGAUCGGCUGCAAGCUCAGCCUCGGGUACACUGCGGCGUAAGCGAGUGCCGCUGGCUGCUAAAACCACUUGUAUCUCUGGGUCUGGCGAUCAUGACGACGAUGGCAACGGCACCGCUACCAGCCCUGCUCCCUCAACAUCCAAGCGAACGGCAUCGGACGUCACGAGCACAGCUGCUGCUUCUUCAACAGCGGCGCAAGCAGCGGAGGCGCCUUUUCCCGCAGCAAAACGAGCAUCAUCGAGUGGCACGCGCACCGCUACCGUUGCCGCUACUGCUGCCACUCGCUCUGAAGCCACGGUAUCUGCUGCAGCUACGCCACCGAAUCGGCACAACGUCGCCCCAAUAUUUCGGUCGAAAUCGGGAACAGAAAAAAAAUAUCUGAUGAACUACGCGGCUGACAAGUUUAUUGGCGUUCUGAAGUUGAUGGAUGAUUAUUGCAUGCGAUGUACUAUUCGACAGGCGAAACCCGUCCUGAAGGCCGAGCAUCAAUGCGUAUCUAAUCGUGCAAGCGGUGUCACUUCGAAGGACAUGAAGCAAGCAAAUGUUUCGUGGGCUUCGCAUAUCCCAAAUGGACGUGUUGCUACGCUUGUGGAAUGCCAAGUAUGA